GGCUGAAGUUAAUGCAAUUGCGUAAGAGAGAGGUGUUGAAAACAGAGCGAGUCGACGACUGCACAAGAAAAUCAGAAUUUCAGCAGCAAUGCCAUCACGAAAGCUUCGCGUGGCUGCGGCCCAGAUGGGCGCAACACAUUACAAUGACCCCCGGCCCAAAACAUUGAACCGCAUGAUAUCACUUCUUGAAGCCGCAGCCGCAAAGGGAGCACAGCUAGUUCUCUUCCCUGAAGCCGCCUUCACAACCUUCUUCCCCCGGCAUUUGAUCAACGACCCCUCGGAACUUGACUCUUUCUUCGAGCACGGCGAUGUAGCGACGCAGCCGCAGACAAAGCCGUUCUUUGAUAAGGCCAACCAGCUCGGCGUCGACAUCUCGGUCGGCUUUGCCGAAAAAGCCGACAAUGGCGAAACCUUCAACUCAUGCAUCUACUACCACGCAAAGAGCGGCUCUAUCCUCUCGAGAUACCGCAAGAUCCAUCUCCCGGGCGACUUUGAGCCCUUUGCAGAUCCAGAUGCCACCAACCAGCUGGAAAAGCGCUACUUCAAGCCCGGCGACCUCGGGUGGAAUGCGUUCCGGGUACCCGAUUUGACGGAGCCGGAGGCAGCACCGGAGCGCGGGGACCCCAUCUUCGGCAUGAUGAUCUGCAACGACAGGAGAUGGGCCGAGAGCUGGCGCGUCCUGGGUCUGCAGGGCGUCGAGGUCGUGCUCUGUGGCUACAACACAGCCGGCUUCGCGCCGCAUCUCUGGGGAACUAGCGCCAGCAUGGAUCCGGACGAGGCGCGGAACAAGGCCGUCUUCCAUCACAAGUUGGUGAUGCAGGCUCAUAGUUACACGAAUGCCUGCUUCAGUAUCAGUGCAGCGAGGUGUGGUCUCGACGAUGGGAAGUACGACCUCAUUGGCGGAAGCUGCAUCACAGGACCGGAGGGCGAGGUCAUCGCUGAGGCAUCUACGACCGAGGAUGAGGUUGUCUAUGCGGAAAUCAACCUGGACGAGUGCCGGCCGGGUAAAGAACGCACAUUUGACUUUGCCAGGCAUCGUCGCGUGGAGCAUUACGGCCGUAUCACAGAACAGACCGGCGUCGUGGAGCCCCCCAAGCUCACAUCUUCCACCGAGCAGAAUAACGAUAGAGCAGCAAGCAAUGGCAUCACACCCCGAAAGACUGAAAAGAAGAUCCGCAUCCUCCUCAUCAACCCAAACAGCACCCGCGCCAUGACCGACGCCUGCGUCGCAAUGGUCGAGAGCCAAUUACCCCCAGACGUCCUGGUCACAGGCUUCACAGCGCCCAGACCGGCGCCCUCAGCCAUCGAGGGCAGCUUCGACAACGUAAUGUCCGCCGCGGCUGCGGCCCGCGCCGUCCUGCCCCUUGCGGCGACGCACGACGCCGUCUUGGUGGCGUGUUACUCUGAUCAUGCUCUCAUCCGCAUGCUUCGCGAGGAACUCCCCCGCCAGCCCGUCAUCGGGAUCAUGGAGGCCUCGCUCUUCGCGGCGCGUACGCUGGGCGGACGGUUCGGUCUCAUCGCUGUGAGUGAGCGGUCAAAGGUGUUGCACGAGGAUAGUAUUCAUCACUACGGCUUCUCAAUGUCCUGCGCCGGCGUAGUGUCGUGUAAGCUGGGUGUGUUGGACCUGCACGAGAAGAGCCAGAAUGAGGUUAUGGGGAUCAUGGCGGCCGUCGGGAAGCGGCUCGUGGAGGAAAAGGGGGCCGAUGUGCUGCUUUUGGGAUGUGCGGGUAUGACUCCGCUCAAGGGAGCCGUGGAGGCGGCUGUCGGAGACGGGGUGCAGGUUGUUGAUGGCGUGUUGGCCGGGGUGCAUCAUCUAGUCGGAUUAGUUAGAAUGGGCGGUGCCACAGCCAAGAGAGGCGUGUACAAGAGCUCUGGUGACGGACGAAAGGCGAGGGGACAGGAUUGGAUCUAGAGUUGGCCGCGGGAAUAACAACUUGAGCUUAAAUGGAACAAGUAUCAGCCGAAGUCAUGCACCAGUAACCAUGGAGCUUGUUGCUAUCGAAUGCAGGGUUGUUUUGCUCAUGAUCCAAUCGGCCAAC